AUUCGGCCUCAGUUUAGUUUCCGUGCAGCUGAUGCUACAAGUGACCAGUAGAUGGCGUCAGCAGUGUUUCCUCUCCUUGUGACGUAUGCACUGACCCCGAGCCUCCAGCUCCCCACGUGGUUUGUUUGAGGAGCUGAGUAGGAACAUGAGGAGCAGCGAAAAACAGGAGAAGAUGAAGAAAACAGGAGAGAAAACAAAGGCGAAGAGGAGCAAGGAGGAGCAGGAGGAGCAGGAGGAGGAGCAGAUCUUCAACUUCAACAACAACAACAAAGCUGCAGACGAGGACGGAGGUGAUGAAGAUCUGACGGACAGCGAGGAGAGUGUGUUCUCUGGACUGGAGGAUUCUGGGAGUGACAGCGAGGAUGAAGAGGAAGGUGAAGACGAAGAGUCAGUGGAGGACGACGACGACGAUGAUGAAGAAGAUGAAGAUGAGAGCGUGAAGACGGAGCAGGUUCAACAGGGGGAACAGAAGGAGGAGGAGAAGGAGGAGAAGGAGGAUGAGUACGCCCAGGACUCCUCAGACGAGGAGGACAUCAGGAACACGGUGGGGAACGUUCCCAUGGAGUGGUACAAGGACUUCCCUCACAUCGGCUACGACCUGGACGGCAGGAAGAUCUACAGACCAAUCAGGAACAAGGAUGAGCUGGACCACUUCCUGGACAAGAUGGAGAACCCGGACUACUGGAAAACAGUCCAUGACAAGCAGACAGGAAGUGACAUCGUUCUGUCGGAUGAGCAGGUGGAGCUGGUCAAUCGACUCCAGAGAGGACAGUUUGGAGACGUCAACUUUAACGAGUACCAGCCCACGGUGGAGUUCUUCACUAAAGACGUGAUGAUCCAUCCCGUCACCAACCGACCUGCAGACAAACGCAGCUUCAUCCCUUCGCUCCUGGAGAAGGAGAAGGUGUCCAAACUGGUUCAUGCCAUCAAAAUGGGGUGGAUCAAACCACGGCGCGUGGAGCCGGACUCGCGCGGACGUUUCUACGACCUGUGGGCCAAUGAGGACUCGUCCAUCCUGUCCAACCACAGGAUGCAUCUGCCCGCCCCCAAAGUCCAACUGCCGGGUCAUCAGGAGUCCUACAACCCUCCGCCAGAGUACCUGUUCACUGAGGAGGAGCUGUCCCUCUGGGAGCAGCAGGAUCCCUCGGACAGGAAGUUGCCGUUUGUUCCUCGGAGGUUCUCAAACCUUCGUCAGGUUCCAGCGUAUCAGCGAUUCAUUCACGAGAGGUUUGAGCGCUGCUUGGACCUGUAUCUGUGUCCUCGACAGAGGAAGAUGAGGGUCAACGUCAACCCAGAGGACUUAAUCCCAAAACUUCCCAAACCUAAAGACCUGCAGCCGUUUCCAACCACACAGUCUCUGGUUUACAGAGGUCACACUGGUCUGGUUCGCUCCAUCAGUGUCUCUCCAUCAGGACAGUGGCUGGCUUCAGGCUCAGAUGAUGGUUCUGUCAAGUUCUGGGAGGUCUGUUCAUCUCGUUGCAUUAAGACAGUCCAGGUGGGCGGAGCUGUGAAGGACGUGUCCUGGAACCCCAACCCUUCUGUUUGUCUCCUCGCUGUGGCCUUGGACUCUGUGGUCCUGGUCCUGUCCCCCUCCCUUGGGGACAAACAAGUCGUCUCCUCUUCAGAACGUCUCCUCUCAGGAGAACAGGAGCCCACGGAGGAGGCGGGGCCUGUCAUCUGGAGCGACACAGAGGGGGAGGAGCUAAACCGGGGUGUUCGGCUCAAAAUCCAUCAUCCCAAAGCUGUCCACCAGGUGGCGUGGCAUGCCAAAGGCGACUACCUGGCCUCAGUGAUGCCGGAUAACUCCAGCCACCUGCAGGUCCUCAUCCACCAGCUGAGCCGGAGGCGGAGUCAGAACCCCUUCAGGAAGAACAAAGGUCUGGUCCAGUGCGUAUCCUUCCACCCGCUGCGGCCCUACUUCUUCGUGGCCACUCAGCGGUCGGUGCGCAUUUACAACCUGGUCAAACAGGAGAUGACCAAAAAGCUGCAGGCCAACUCCAAGUGGAUCUCCAGCAUGAGCGUCCACCCUGGAGGUGACCAUGUGAUCUGUGGAAGCUACGACUGCAGACUGAGCUGGUUCGACCUGGACCUGUCCACCAAACCCUACAAGAUGUUGAGGCACCAUAAAAAGGCAGUUAGGGGCGUGGCCUAUCACAGGAACUAUCCACUGUUUGCUUCAGCCUCUGAUGACGGAUCGGUGAUCGUGUGUCACGGGACUGUUUACAAUGACCUGCUCCAGAACCCUCUGAUUGUCCCUGUGAAGGUCCUGAAAGGUCAUGUGAUUACUCACGACCUGGGUGUCCUCGAUGUGACCUUUCACCCCACACAGCCGUGGAUCUUCAGCUCUGGAGCUGACGCCACCGUUCGUCUCUUCACCUGAAAACAGGAACAGGAACCGGAACCGAUGUUUGACUGUUUUUCAACCUUAGCCUCUCAACAGUUUUUGUCCUUAUUUUUAAUUAAAAUCCAAACUUUAUUCCCA